CUAUCGCGACGAGGCAUGGCAACCGCCACCCAACUCAUGCCUUCUCCGAACGGCCUGAAGUCAUCCUUCAGCCCUUAUACCGACUCGCCCAGUUCGCCCGCCACCUUUGCUCAAGUCUUCUCAAAUAGGUCUUCAAACCAUUCGGACCAUUUGGUCCCGCCCCCGAGUCCCUACCCCUCCUCUGUCGACCCCUCGCCAGUCGACAGCAAUGGCACCAAUUCGACCGAGAUUGAGGAUGAUGCCCAAAUCAAUCAUUUGAGCAGCGAAGAUGAAUCCAGCGUCAAAUCACCGCUGGACGACAUUGUCAGUCCCGCGAGCCAGGACAGCAAUACCAAGCCUUCGAAGCUUGAUACCGCGCUCCCCGUGCGACCACGCGCCGAUUCUGAUGAGGACCCCCAGUCUGUCAUUCAUGCACCCGCACAUUUCAAAACAUUCAACCGAUCGAGCGCAUCAGUCGCAUCUUCAUCUGUUGAAACCAAGUCGGAUCAGACUGCUAUGGUGUCUCCCCAAACACCAGAAGCAAACAUGAUUCCUGACGACCAGCAAAAUUCCAAUUACACGCAUCCGAUUGACACUGCGGUACCUACUGCCACCAGUGAUCGCCAAACCCCACGCGCACAGACGCGUCAAGAUUUCGAGGACGACGGCAAGCGCAGAAGUGCGCGAGCCAGCACAGCCAGCAGCCUAGCAGAUAUUGUUGAGACAGAUGAUAGUGUCUUUUCGGAAUCGGCAUCCAGCUCCAUAGUAAUCGAUAAUGACGACAGCGAGUCUGAGAUGAGUAGAGACGACCACCCUUUUACAUCCACUGGCUUUCAAGACAACACUCGGACCAUGGGAGAAGUCCUGCAUGGCAUCAACGAGACCGAAAAAGAAAUCACAGCCUUGCGAACUGCUUUGCACGAAUGCUGGACUUUGUGUAACUCUCUCGCCAAAUUGAGUCAACACCAUAGGCAAAGGAUGUUUCACUACUCUGGGGGACGUGGGGAAGUCCAGGAACAUGCUUGGAGAACAUGCUGGAAACUUUGCCAGAGAUUGUACGAAAGUCGAGACCAGGAUCCAGCCACACAGAUUGGUCCAACAUUGGAAUUGUGUCGAAACUUUUGCCAGGCCUUGUUCGAUGUGCGACAACGACAAGACGAGACAGCCGAUUCGGUCCUGAGAGUCAGCUUCGAACUCAACAAUCACCUGUACAAUGCUCACGAUCGGAACUUGCCUGAAGCAUUUCGAGAACGCACACUGGAUUUCUACCUGACACUAUGUCACCGACUGAUGAAGCAAAAGACGUCCUUGCCGGAGGAAACGGACGCUUUACUUCACGCCUGCUGGUCGCUUGCCGAGAUGCUCUUUAACAUCCGUCAGACGAAGAGCGAUGGCAGGUUAACAGAUGAAGAGCUCCUCGGCUCCGCAAUUCAGGCGUGCUGGGAAUUAUGUGACCUCUUCCGCGACGGUUGGACCCAAAUCCGCCCCGACCGUGGGACCCCACGUCCAUCCAAGUACACUUUCACAAGCGGCCUCCCCGCUUCUGUACCACAUUCACAGACCACUUUAUCCGAUAUAUCGGGACGCUCCUCAAGCCUCAACGAAUCCUAUCAUUCAGCAGUAUCCAUGCGCAAGCAGAUAUUCACACACCCAGAAACACCGACCACCAUCUUCGAUGAUCGCGAAGAACUCUCGCCAGCUGACGAACCCAACGUUCCCAACAUUCUCGUUCUUGGUCCUGAAGCUGGGGAAACGCGAACGCACGAGCGUUGGUCUUCCUCAUCGUCCAACCUUUCCACGUACUCCGAUACAUCACAGUCCAUACACAGUUCUUCAACGGCAACCGCCGGGCGAGAUGAUCCAAAUCUUGUCCGUUUGAAGUGUCUUAUCGUUAAAGCAGCCAUGAACACUGGCUACACCCGGACAUCAUCGCUACCGGACUUCGUCCGCGCUCUUCCCUCCAACAGUUUCGGUUCUAUCCCAUGGCAGGCAAAGCUUUUCGAAAACUACAAGAAGCUCGUAUUGACCGACCCCACGCUCAAAAACGCCCAUACCCAACCGCUUCGCCGGCUCACGGCCAACGAAAUAGGCAGAGCCGUCCAGUGGAUGACACGGAGUUCGCAGUUUGCCUGGCUGUCGGACCUGUACAGAUUUGUCUUUGGCAAUUACCCUGACGACGUUCACCAGCGCAAUCUCAUCAUCAACGCAUAG